AUGUCCAAUGGUUCAGUUGUUGACCUUAUUGACCAAGAGACUAAAUCAUGGAAGGUGGAAUUAAUUAGGAAGAUAUAUCACCCACAGGUAGCUAAGGAGAUUCUGCUUCUACCUAUAUCUAGACUACCAAAUAUGGAUGACAAACUCAUUUGGAAGCGUUCAAAUUCAGGAGACUAUAAGGUUAAGAAAGCAUAUCAAUUGCUUCUCAAAGAGCAGUACCCUACUUCUACACAGAACCAUAGAUACUUUGGUAUUGAAAAUGAGGUCUGGGAAAGAAUUUGGAAAGUUAAGCUUCCUCUCAAAAUCCUGAACUUCAUUUGGAAAUUACUUCAUGGAAGUUUACAAGACCUUGAGGUUCUGGUUAACAGGGGCAUCACUGUAUCAAGCGUCUUUUAUGCAAUGAGGAGGAGGAAUCUCUUAAUCAUCUUUUUUUUAAAAUGCCAAUUUGCUCGAGCUGUGUGGUAUGGAUCAAACCUGAAGAUAAGAACUUCUGAUUCCUUCAAUCUGUCAAUCAAUCAAUGGGUGAAGUUUUGUGUUAGGCAGAAUGAUCCUAGAGAAUCUACUAGAUUGGGAAUUUUGCAAUCCUUCUUCACAACUCUAUGGUCUAUAUGGAACCAUAGGAAUCAGGUUCUUCAUCAAGGGAAGGAUCCUAAUCCAAUGGAAGUUCUUCUAACAUCCCAAUCUCUCUUGUGCAGGUAUCAGGAAGUUUUUAACAACAGCCAAAGUCAGAGGUCCAGUUGUAGACAACAAACUCAGCAGCAAUUCACAAACCAAGAUUGGCGGCUUGUCAUAAAGGUAGCAGCUUCUAUCAAUAGGAAAACCAAAAGGAGUGCCUAUGCUUUUGAGGCAACAACAGUGGAUGGAAGAAGAUUGUUCACAGGUGGUGCUAGUUGUGGCAGGAAGACCUAUUGUCUUGCAAUACAGGAUGCUAUUGGAGAAUCAAUGAUUGAGGCCCUGGAGCUGGGAUAUAACAGAAUGCUUGUGUUGAAUUGUUGUAAGGACCUCACACAGGUCUGCAAGCAGUACAGAGAGCCAAGUUGGCAUCAGAAGACUUUGAUUGCAGAUAUAACCCAUCUUCGGAAUCAAGGAAUACACAUAGACUUCCAUUUUGUUCCUACCUAUGUAGUUAGCCAUGUAACAGAUUUAGCUUAUAUCACCACUUGUUUCCCUGCACAUAGGUGCAGGCUAAAUCCUAAUGCCUGA